AUGAAUUCAAAAACUUUAAUAUGCUUGUUACUUUGCGUCUUAGCUAUCGCUUACGCAAAUAAGUCAAAGCAUGAAAAUCAUUAAAUUUACAGCUCUAAGAAAUUUUAGAAAGUUCUUUCUAACAUCAUGAAAACUAAUGAAAAGGCAACUCCUUUUUUACAAAACGUCAAGGCUUUACUCUAAACUAAGUAAACUGGAUAUUAAAAGAUUCAUGAUAUUGGUGAUAACAUUGGUAGCUUACACAACAUCCUUCUUGCCGAUUAAUAAGCUGAUGAUGAUUAAUUCGCUAAGGAUACUAAAAGAAUUAAUGAUGCAAUUGCUGCUGAAAACUAAGCCAUAACUGAUUUAAGAACAUAAAGAUAAUUACUUAGAGAUAAGCUUAUUGCAUUAAGAGCUGAAAGAGCUAAAAUUGAAAAUAUCUAUCAAACAGAUAGAGAUGCUUAUAAACAAAGAACUCAAACUUAAAGCUAAUUAGCUUUGGUUCUUGAUGAAUUGAUUAGACAAGCAUAAGAUGGUUUGGUUAACAACCCCGAUGUCCCCGAUUUAGAUAAUACAAACGUUUCUUAAGUUCUUGCUUAAGUUAAGAGUGUUGGUAGAGGUCGCCCUAUUGAAGCCUUGGUUUAAUUGAAUUCUCUUUUUGAUAAAUAAAAUGCCAACGAUAUUGUUCAACGUUUCAAAAACCUCUAAAAUGCUAUUUAUGAAGCUUUAUCAAUUGAUACCUAAAAAGAAGAUGCUAAUCUCAAUCUUUACAAUGUUCUUACAAACAAUAUUGAUAAUGUGCUUAUUCCUGAAGCUGAAUAAUAGAUUUAAGCUAUCAACGAUUAAAUUAAGGUUCAUAAGGCUAACAUUGUUUCAUUACAAGCUGAGUUAGCUAGAAUUACAAGCAUUUACAACUAAACUAAAGCUGAAAGAGCUAAUGCUAUCAACUACACCAGCUAAGCAAGCGUUGAGCUUCAAAAGGAAAUCGAUUUCCUCAACAGUUCUGGCUACACUGUUAAAUGA